AGGAAGAGGAGGAGGAGGCCGGAGGAAGAGGUCGAGGGUCCCGGCCCGGGGCGGACGAGGAGCCGCGCGACCUUGAGCGGUCCUCUUCGUCCCUCCGGCCCCGGAAGAGGCCCGGACGCCUGAGACCGAGCCCCGUCGACGGCCGGCAUGUACGCCCCGGGAGGAGCGGGGCUGCCCGCCGGGCGCCGGCGGAGAGGGCAGGGCGGCGGCGGCGGCGGCACGGUGCCCAAGCAGCCCGAGCGCAGCCUGGCAUCGGCGCUACCGGGGGCACUGUCCAUCACGGCCCUCUGCACCGCCUUGGCCGAGCCCGCCUGGCUGCACAUCCACGGGGGCACCUGCUCCCGCCAGGAGCUGGGGGUGGCCGACGUGCUGGGCUCCGUCGACCCGGACCUGCUCAGAGAGUUCUGCAUGAACCCCCAGACGGUGCUCCUCCUGCGGGUUAUCGCUGCUUUCUGCUUCCUGGGGAUCCUGUGCAGCCUCUCCGCCUUCCUCCUGGAUGUCUUCGGGCCCAAGCACCCGGCCCUAAAGAUCACCCGCCGCUACGCCUUCGCCCACAUCCUGACAGUCCUGCAGUGUGCCACGGUGAUCGGCUUCUGUUACUGGGCCUCCGAGCUGAUCCUGGCCCAGCAGCAGCAGCACAAGAAGUACCACGGCUCCCAGGUGUACGUCACCUUCGCCGUCAGCUUCUACCUCGUGGCGGGGGCCGGCGGGGCCUCCAUCCUGGCCACGGCGGCCAACCUCCUGCGCCACUAUCCCACGGAGGAGGAGGAGCAGGCCCUGGAGCUGCUGUCCGAGAUGGAGGAGAACGAGCCGUACCCGGCCGAGUACGAAGUCAUCAACCAGUUCCAGCCCCCGCCCGCCUACACGCCGUAGCGCCGCCCCCGGGACUUGCUCCCCCGCGCCGCCCCGACGCUUCCUGCGGGCCAGCCUCCGCCCGGGGAGAUUCGUUAUCCGGCCCUUCUGCCGGGAAACGAGUCCCGCGUGCCCCUCCCGUGCGCCCCUUCCCCGACCGCCGCCUCCCGGAUUCCCUGCAGCCUCUGCCGCCCGGGGUCGACCGCGCCAGCCGCUCUCCUCGGGCGUCCUUCGUAGGACUGCCUGGAAGGGGAGUCUCUACAGGGACCGGGAUGGGGGGCGGGAGGAGGAGGAGAGAUGCCCAGAAGGCCCCGGACAGAGGGGGAUGCAGCAGUGCCGACCGUCUUUCUCCGCCUGCUCCGCCUGGCAUCCGACGGGAGCGGUGGCGGUGCCCCCUCUCCUCGCCCUCCUCUCUCCCCCUCUCACCCCCCGCAAGCCGAACCCGGGGCCUCACGCCGCGACGGGCGCGGAUCGCACUUUAGCCCCCAGCCCUCUUUGCCCGGGCCCAGUGAGGAGGGGCAGACGCGAGCGGGCCGCCAGUCCGAGAUGGGCUGCCCGGGCUUCCCUUUCCAACCGGGGGCAACGGCGUCCUCAUUUUAAGGAUUUUAUCCCUUUCUCUCGACCCUGCUACGUUUUUGCCGUCCCGUGCCUGCCCUAAGCUUGUUUUCCUUCCUGCUAACACCGCACGUCGGAGUCCGUCCCGCCAGCCAGCCAGCGCGUGAGACCCGUUAACCUGUAACCGUUGCCCCCGUAGAGAGGGCACAGCAAGACAGCGGGGGCCGUGCCCUCUCCCCUGGGAGCCGAGGUCCAGGCCGCCACUGUGGGUUCUGGUCAAGGGCGUCUCAUUCUAUCAUCCUACAAACCGAAACCUGGGCUGGGAGGGAGGGGGCGUCCAGAAAGUCCCGCGGCGUCCUGUAGAGCCCGGUGGGGUUCCUCCGAAACCUUCCGGGGGGAAGGUUGGUCUCACCGAGCCGAGCGUGCUGCGGAUUCCGGCCACGGGCGUAGCUCAGAGACGGGAUUUGGGCCCGGACGCCGGGAUGUCCUUUCCGCUGGGGUCCGGUCGAGGAGGCCGAACGGGGACCAAGGCCUUGUGGACUUUCCAGCUGCCCGGCGUUCCCGGCCGUAAUCGCCGGGGUCACUCACACACCCCUCCGGCCGGGCUCCUCCCCUUCAGCAACAAGGGGGUUGUUUUAGAAACGACCUGUGCGUCGAGCCCGGGGAACUGCAUAACGUGUCGUACUUCUGUUAAACCUUCUCAUCCUGACUGGCGGGUUUCCUGGGGGAGUGGCCGGCUCCCCCAGGCCUCAGGCGGACGAAGAAAAUGACUGGCAAAGCACCCGCCUGCCAGAGGCGUCCGGCUUGGUCACGAGGAGCCGAGCGGGAGGGCCUGAGCCCCGUGGACCGUCGGACGGGAGCCGACCUGCACUUUGCUCAUUCGACUCCCUUCACCAACCCCAGCCUCGCUGCCGGCCGCCGAUGGUUUGUCGUGAAAAUUCCCGUCGGUCUUUUCGUUUUCUAGAGAAAAAUAAAAAUACCGCAACAAGGUC